AUGUUGUGGGAUGAUCACAAAGAUUCAAUGACUGAUGAUAUAUUGUAUCGACAUCGUACAAGGUGCAGUGAUCUAACGAUAUCAUUCAGUGAUGCAAUGUACAAUGAAGCAUUGAUUGCUAUCGAGGAUCUUUGCAUUGCUAUUGCGAAUUUCCCAAUCAGUCAUUUCGGUAUGAGCUCACCGAAUCGAAGUGCAUCUGAUUUACUCAACACAGAUAUCAAUCGUGAACUACAAUACGAUACUGUAGAAAUGGCAGGCAUUGUUAGUCGCAAUGUUCCACUACUAAAUGAUGAACAAAAAAUUAUUAACGACCGCAUCAUGCUGGCAGUUUCGGCAGGACAAGGGGGAUUCUUUAUUUUGGAUGCACCAGGUGGAACUGGCAAAACAUUCCCUAUUUCAUUACUUCUGGCCUAG